AUGGUUGCGUAGCCGUAAAGCGUCAACAGUGAAACGCGUGUUCCUUUGCGGAGCUGAAGUUAAACGAAUUAAAUUUAUUAAUCUUUAUUUUUUUGAAGUUUAUUCACUUCAUCGCGGUAUUUAAACACGUUUGCCCCGCUGACGCGACAGCGGAGAGGUUCAGUGACGUAAGUAGGGCUUUAUUUCAUCCCCAGCUGGACGAGCAGCGUGAAAAGCCGGCUAAGCUAAAGCUGCUAACCGGGCAGUUAAUUGGGUUUUAUUAAUAUUUUGAACAGUUUCUCGAUUAAGGAACCGCUCGAGGGUGAAGCACCGAGUGCUGUGAGACUCGUGGGACCUUCCCUGGACAGACGGGCGAAGCUCUGCAGGAAUGGCUGGAAUUCUGUUUGAGGAUAUUUUUGAUGUGAAAGACAUCGAUCCAGAUGGGAAGAAGUUUGACAGAGUGUCUCGACUUCACUGCGAGAGCGAGUCUUUCAAAAUGGAUCUCAUCCUGGAUGUGAAUACUCAGAUCUAUCCUGUUGAUCUCGGUGAUAAGUUCAGGUUAGUAAUAGCCAGCACACUGUAUGAGGACGGCACUCCAGAUGAUGGAGAGUACAACCCUCAGGACGACCGACCGUCCAGGGCGGAUCAGUUUGAUUAUGUGAUGUACGGGAAGGCGUAUAAGAUCGAAGGUGAUGAGACGUCCACUGAAGCAGCGACACGACUAUCUGCGUAUAUAUCCUAUGGUGGUCUCCUCAUGCGACUACAGGGGGACGCCAACAACCUGCACGGGUUCGAGGUGGACUCCAGGGUCUAUCUACUCAUGAAGAAACUUGCGUUCUAAGAGACGCUGCCUCAUUCUGCCCAGAGGAACGGCAUCGCCCUCUGGUGGGAGCUCUUUGUAUUAAGAGCUGGAAAAGUUCGCCUUCUCUUCUUUCUAUGUUUUAAGUUUGGAUAAACGAGAAAUGCUAAUUAUGUAAAUAAAACUGUUUUUAUAAGUGCGA